AUGAGGAUCAGUGACAAACCUGAUUUGCCACUGUUACGGCCACGUACGAGUCCUUUCAAUGUCCAACAGACUUCAACAUCUCCAUCAAUGCUACAAUCGACUUGGGCGAGUAUUCGAGCGAACCGUUCACAGCUCCGCUCCAUUGGCUCUGUAAUUGGUUGGGUCCUGCUUGGAAGCUUGGUGAGCUCAGUCUUUCUGACGCCAAAACGACUUGUCGACUCCUCCAAUAGUAACUCGUUGAUGCACGUAGUGAAUGACCAAGUCGACUUGAUGGCAACUGGUGCGUUCGCCGGAUGUGGGAAACGUGAGGAUGAUAUUACCGCAGUGCAAAAGAACAAGGGAUCCGGGUGGUUCCUUGGAGGCAACGACCCCGAACAUGUCGUCACAUCACUGCCAGAAGUGACCUCAAUCGACGAUCUCCCUACAAACUGGGACUGGCGCGACUACAACAGAACAGGCAUCGGCCUCACGACUACUGUGUUGAACCAAAUGGUUCCACGGGCAUGUGGAUCUUGCUGGGCUUUCGCGACAAUCAGCGCACUAUCGGAUCGCAUUCGCAUCGCACGCUUCAAAAAAACUGGCAGACUUGGACCGGAAGUACUGCUAUCGCCUCAAGUGCUACUGGACUGUGGCAUGCAAUCUUUUGGCUCGUGUUACGGUGGAGAUCCUCGAUACGCACACAAGUGGAUCCACGAGAACGGUAUCGUAGACUGGACGUGCAGCCCGUACAUUGCAUCGCACCCGUCGUUCAUGGGCGGUCACGAUUGUGCAUUGGCGCAGUGCCACACAUGUGCUCUAAAUGGGGAGUGCUUUGUAGUGGAAGAUCCUGUCAAGUAUCGUAUUUCUGAGUACGGCACGCUCAACUUCACGACCCCCGAGGAGUUUGAGCUUCAGGCUAUGAACGAGGUCUACCACCGGGGUCCCAUCGUCGUCAGUAUGUACUCUCACUCUCCUGAGUAUCGAAAGUACAAAGGAGGCUACAUCCUUCGCGAUGCAACAAAGUACACUGGUACAUCCCAUGUCGUGAGUAUCGUUGGCUGGGGUACUGACACCAAGACGGGCAUUAAGUACUGGGUUGUCCGUAAUUCCGACGGCACCAAUUGGGGUGACCAAGGCUUUUUCCUUGCCGAAAGAGGUGUCAACAUCUACAACAUGGAGACCCACGGCGCCUGGGCUGUUCCUAUCGUGUAA